AUGAAGGGCACGGAGGGCCCCUGGGCAGGCAACUUUGCCAACGCAAUCUGUGGCAGCCCCACCCUCUACGCGCACACAAACGCGGGUGAGGACUGGUGGGCCAACAACGGGGGUGCCCAGUGGAAGGGCAACCGUGCGCCCUACGCGUCCAUCAACUUCGUGUGCGCCCACGACGGCUUCACUCUGGCGGACCUGGUGGCAUACAAUGAGAAGCAUAAUGAGGCCAACGGUGAGGGCAACAAUGAUGGUGAGAGCCACAACCUCAGCUGGAAUUGCGGGGAGGAGGGGCCCUCAAACAACAUCGGCGUCAACAGGCUGCGUCAGCGCCAGAUGCGCAACAUGGUGACAGCCCUGAUGGUGGCGCACGGCGUGCCCAUGAUCCAGAUGGGGGACGAGUACGGGCACUCAAAGGCGGGCAACAACAACACCUACUGCCACGACGACCACCUCAACUGGGUCGACUGGUCCCAGGCCGCCCGCGACGAGGCCGGCUUCUCGCGCUUCGUGCGGCGCCUGGUGCACUUCCGCAGGCAGCACCCAGAGCUGCGCAGGAGGACAUUUGUGAAUGACAGCGACGUGCAGUGGCACGGGGAGGCCGCGGGCGAGCCCGACUGGAGCGAAAGCAGCCGCCUGGUCGCGUACACGCUGUCUGACGGCAGGGGGGGCGGCCUCUACAUUGCCUUCAACACGUCGCACAAGGCCAAGGUGCUGGAGCUGCCCAAGUGGCACGGCCGCGCGUGGCAGCCGGUGUUCGACACGUCCAAGGUUGCGCCGUACGACGCGCUGAUCGCCGACGAGGAGCUGGGGGAGGGGGAGGUCAGGGAGGCCCGCCUGGCGGCCAGCAUGUGGGGUGGCGGCGGCUUCUACGCGCUGCUGCCCUGGGCCGCCAUCAUACUGGAGGCCGUACCAGAGGCAGCGCUAGCCGCUGUCCGCAGCCGCCCCGCGGGAACGGGGCCGCCGCCCGCGGGCGGGCCGCCUACCGCCGAGGACGUCCGCCUGGCGCGGGCUGCCCGCCGCAACCUCAGCCCAGAGCAGCUCUUUGACGAGGUCACCAACCCCAAGUGA